AUGGUAUGUUUUGACGAAUCGAGAUUAUGGCCAGAUUGGUACUAAUUUUAUAAUUAGCAACACGGUAUUAAAAGACAACAUUUAUCAGAAGAAGCUAAGAAACUGAAACUAGAAAAAGAUCAAAUUAAGAUUAAGAAUUAUAAAUCAUUAGUUGAUCAAUUAUUUCAAUUUAGAGAUGAUAAUUUAUAUAAUGAAGAUAUAUUCAAAUUAACUACUAAAUGUUUAUUAAUUAAUCCAGAAUUUUAUACAAUGUGGAAUUAUAGAAGAGAAAUUUUACUCAAUCUAAAUAACACCGAAAUUUUUAUAAAUUAUUUAAAAGAAGAUUUAAUAUUUUUAUUAGGUUUAUUAAAGAAGUUCCCCAAAUGUUAUUGGAUUUGGAAUCAUAGAAAAUGGUGUUUAAUGGAAUUAGUUGAUUUAAAUAAAGCGGAUUGGGAUUUUGAAUUCAAUACAAUUUCAAAAUUAUUGGAGUUAGAUGAAAGAAAUUUUCAUUGUUGGCAAUAUAGACGUUAUAUAAUUGCAAAUAUGAAAAAAGAUCUUGAUUCUACUGUAAUAGAAGAAAUUGAUAGAAGAGAAUUUGAUUAUACAACAACUAAAAUCCAAAAUAAUUUUAGUAAUUUUAGUGCCUGGCAUCAAAGAGCCUGCAGUAUAAAAUUAGUAAAACAUGAGAAUAGCUAUGAUUGUUUAAAAGAUGAGUUAGAUUUAAUUAAGACGGGGAUAUUUAUGAGUCCAGAAGAUACAUCAAUAUGGUUAUAUGUUAAAUAUUUAUUGACUGAUACAUUUUUUAUAGAUAGUAUAAAAUCCAAAAAUGAUUAUAUGGAUAUUUUACAAGAUCAAUUAAAGGUUGUUGAAGAAGUUAAUGAGUUGGAGAAUGAAGAUACAGGUAAGGAUAAUGUUGAAUGUUUAAAAAUGAUUAUAUUUUUGAAAGAUUUGAUAAUGAAACAAGAAGGAAAUGAUAAAUUUGACAAAGACAUUCAAAAUAUAAUACACAAACUUGUAGAUUUGGAUCCAUUGAGAAAAGGAAGAUACAAGGAUAUGUUGCAGAACCAAGUAUUAACGGAAUAA